UCUCCUUCACGCAUCGCUGUCUCGGAUGGGGUUCCAGGCACCUUCGUCGUCGCCUUCAGGCACUCAGCAAGCGGAGGUGGUCUGCGAGCUUAACCAGCAUUAUUAACGCACGUGCUGGAGUCCAACGUGGACUCUGUUCUCGGCCACUCACCAAGCUAUAAAGGUGACACAUGAGCUCUUUUCUUAUACAGGGGCACCACCUCUAAGCACAAGGCUCAGUCCCUUCGCUUCCCUGCAGCAGCCAUGCUUAGCUCCUUUACUCCUCUCUGCGCUCUGUUCUUCGUCGGCAUCAAUGUAGCUUCGGUCGCGUUCGGUGCCAACACCAGCUUGAACAUCAUCUUAACCAACGACGAUAACUGGGCCUCUGCUAACAUUAGAGCGACGUACAGCGCUCUCACGGCCGCCGGACACAAUGUCAUCCUCAGCGCUCCUGUCGUCCAGAACUCUGGACAAGGCGGACGCUUCAUCCUCCCGACUACUAACAUCACGAUACCGGACGAGUUUGGUAUCCUCCAGGCCGGCGCGCCGUACUACGGUCAGGACCCCAACAACAACCGAAUCUGGUACAUGAACGGCACUCCUGCCGCAGCAGUUAGCACCUUGUAUAGUGUUAUUCGCCCUAUAAUCCUCGGCGAUAACUCGAGCAUUGACCUCGUCGUGGCAGGCCCGAACGAGGGCCACAACCUAGGGGGUUUCUACUACACACUCAGCGGCACAAUGGGCGCAACGGUUGACGCCAUUUACCGCGAGAGAAGCAGCACUUGUGCUGACGCUGCUGGACAGUUACCGGCGAUUGCAGUCUCGGCGGGCAAUGGCACGCACCACUCAUACUUGACGCUCACGAACGACACGAAUGACCCGGCAAACCUCGCAGCAAGACUCACAACGAGUUUUGUCAACGCGCUCGCGAGCACUAAGAUGUCCGGACAACCCCUCUUGCCGCUCGGUACCGGCGCCAGUAUAAACCUACCUAUGUUUGGGAGGGGAUUAAUUGCACAAAUGUGUGAACGUGGUGCAGCCGCCGUUCAUCCUCACGCGCCUAACCGGCGGCGGCGUCGCGCCGGUGCUCGCCAUCGGCUCAAACGGCUUCCCCAACGAGACACAAAUCGGUCUGGACGCCCUCUGACGCACUGCUCGCUCAGUGCCACCGAUGGCGUCAAUGUCAACUACACCGGCUCGCGUAUCCUCCCUGGCGAGACGGGCGUCACUGCCGGGCGCCAAUCUUCUGUGUCGUUCUUCUCUAUUGACUGACGCCCCGGCGCACGUCGUGGAGCACGUCCAGACUGCCCUCCUGCCACUAUUUGGUACGAGCGGCUUGUAAGCGCUGCUUUCCCUGUGACUCUUUCGCCCUGGUGACUCUUCAUACGGAUUGCUCGAUGUGCUAGCGAUGAUGAGAAUGUAAACACAUAGACAUGCUAUUAACCACGAUAAAUGCUACCAACGGCUCCUUGCUUUGGGUAUUAUAGUGAGCCAGAUCAUGUAUCAUCUACACUCGUCCUUCACAAAUUACUCGUCUGUGGACUGGUUCAUUAUUGGCUCACAACGCAUUUGCUGAAAUCAAUGCAAGU